ACUGAAAGGAUUUCACGCACCUGUUUCAUCUUCUUCUUCUUCUUCGUUGGAGUUUUCCGGGAGUUGUACUUGUCAUCCAUAGUGUUGCAUUACUGCCAUACGCACUUUAUAACCUUUACACUGUAUUUUAACGUCUCAUCCCGACCUUUAAACAGGUGAGAUACAUCGUUUUUACAGCUUUGCUGGAGGUAAUACACCAGAAGUUGGCUUGUCAGCCGCCAUUAAAUCGUACAAGAAGAAGAAGUUUUCACAGGUGUUAAUAUAGUGAAACACUGAAUCCCUGGGAUGGCUCUGAGACACUUGUCAGUGAAGGCGCUCCUCUUCUUUGGGCUUUGUCAGGUUGGACGCAGGGGUUUUGCCUCCACUCCUGAAGUCAGAGAGGCACCAAAGAAAAUCGCAAUAAUUGGCGGUGGUAUUGGAGGCACGGCAGCAGCGUUUUUCUUGAGACAGGAGUUCGGACCGGCAGUGAAGAUCGAAGUGUUUGAGGCUGGGACUGUGGGAGGACGUCUGGCCACUGAAAACAUUGGGGGGUAUGAGUAUGAGACAGGAGGAUCCGUUAUUCACCCCCUCAACCUGCACAUGAAGCACUUUCUGGACAGACUCGGUCUGUCUCCUCGUGCUGAUGUUUCUUCUAAACUGGCGAUAUUCGACGGGAAGGAGCUGACCUUUGAAGAGAGCGACUGGUUCAUAGUGAACGUCAUACGCAUGCUGUGGAGAUAUGGAUUGAACUUCAUUCGAAUGCAUAUAUGGGUGGAGGCCAUACUGGACAAGUUUAUGAGGAUAUAUCAGUAUCAGCAGUAUGGCUACUCGUUCUCCAGCGUGGAGAAGCUGCUUCAUGCUAUGGGUGGAGACGGUUUCCUCACUCUGGUCAAUCAGACGCUGGAGGAGGCCAUGCUGGCUGAGGGCUUCUCUCAGGUCUUUCUCAAUGAUGUCGUAACACCCGUCACAAGAGUCAACUACGGCCAAAGUGUCCGAAUCAAUGGAUUUGUGGGUGCUAUUGCACUCGCAGGAGCUGACUCAGGAUUGUGGGCAGUGGAUGGAGGGAAUAAGAUGGUUUGUUCCGGGCUUCUGUACCACAGCAAAGCUGAACUUGUUCCAGCUCGUGUGACAGCCAUCUCCAUGAAGAUGAGACCAUCUAAAACCGGUACAGUCCACUUUGAACAUUAUAGAGAAUCUUUUUAUAUAUUAUUGAACUAUGUUGGUGAGUCUGGUGCCGCCCAUUCCACAUACGACAUAGUUGUAGUUGCCACACCUCUCCACCAGGGCAUGUCUGACAUCAACUUCUCAGGCUUUUCUCCUCCCAUUCCAACCCACUUCUCUGGCCGCUACCACCAAACGGUGGCCACGCUGGUCCACGGCCUGCUCAAUGUGUCCUAUCUGGGCACCACAGAGAAGCCAGAAAACUUCUUUGUUUCUGCCGUCCUCACAUUAGACAACAAAGGUUCUGAAAUCCACAGCCUGAGCUCUCUGAACCCAGUGAAGAUUCCCAAGGGUUACUCCCGCAGCCCUGCCAGUCAACGCAAAGUAUGGAAGAUCUUCUCCUCCCAGCCACUUUCUCAGAAGAAUCUGCAGCAAAUCUUUCUUUCCUGGGACUCAGUGUCGGAGAAGCGCUGGCUUGCGUACCCCUCCUACAGCCCGCCGCACCGCAGGACGCCUCCCUUCAUCCUCCAUGAUCGCCUCUACUACCUCAACGCCGUGGAGUGGGCGGCCAGCGCCAUGGAGAUGAGUGCCAUUUCCGCCCGUAAUCUGGCUCUGCUCGCCCACCACCGCUGGUACGAGCAGACGGCCAAAAUUGACCAAGAGGACCUGCACACCAGACUCAGAGGUGAACUUUGACAGAGGAGCACUGCAGAAAUGCUUUGGGUUCAUAAGCAGUAAAAUCUAGUAUGGAGAUGAGAGGCUGGAUUUUUAAAAGGCAGACCUGUACUGUAUAUUUUUAAAACGAAUUUCUUAGGAUAUUACAUGGGUAAUUACAAAUAAGCACAUGUACAAUAAUCAUUACUGAAAUGAGAAAUG